AUGGCGCCCCCAACCGCUUGGGACUGUACGGUCAACGAUCGACUUCAGUUUAUCGUCGACAGCUUAGACCAGUCCAUCAAGUUCAGUGCCAAGGAUGUACCUGGUCUGAAAGAUCUGCUUGCUGAUUACGUCAAUCCGGAUGUUGAGGUCGAUCAUGUGCACUUCAUCCAAAGACUAUUGAGAGUCUUCAAAGACUCCGAGACUGACGGUACCUACUCAUCGAUUUUACACAAGCAUACUGAUGAUGAACAAAACCUCAUCGAAAGGUUCUUGGAAGGCGGGGAGUCGGGUGACCCGAAGAUCCUGGGCAAGCAAUACAAUAUGGGCUCAAGCCUAGGAUGUCGAGAAGAGCUAGAGCACCUCUGCCAAGCGGCUUGCAUUCUUCAAAUUGGGGCACAAGGCAUAACAAAGCUCAAAGAGCAGCACAUGGAACACUUGGCCGACUCUUCUGUUGUCCAAAUCCUACAAUCUCUACUUGCCGACAUGAGAGCCUUCACCCAACUUCAUCAGGAUGAGCUUGAAGGAGCAGGCAUUCUGGUGUACUAUGACACAAAGUUUCAGAACUGGGGACUGACAGUAGAGAACACUCCGUACCUAACAUGUGUUCCCAAGUCUGUCAAGGAGGUUCAAUUGAUCGUUAAGUUUGCAAAAGAGCAGAACAUGGGCGUGCGUUGUGCAGGAUUUCGUCAUUCCUGGUCCCCUGUAUUCGGCAGAGGCGGAAAGAACAUCCUGAUUUCUCUUCUCGGCCUAAAGGAAGCUACGAAGCUUCCCAAUACUACUGCUCUCCCGUUCUGGCCCUUCAGACAGGACGAGCCGACGGAAUUGGAAGAUAUUGAGUUGAUUUCCGCCAAGCCGAACGAGGAAGGAAACUACCUAGUCAAGGUCGGUGCAGCUUGCACCAAUGAGAGGCUUCGCCAGUGGUGUAUUGAGAACAGACGAGUCACCCUGCCGAUGAACGUUAUUAUGGUAGAGAUCACCAUGGGCGGAUCCAAUGCCCCAAUUUGCCACGGUGCCGGUCGACGACACAAAACAUUGAGCGACAUUGUCCGGCGCAUCGACUAUGUGGAUGCCAACGGCGAGGCAAGGUCUGUCACUAAGCCUGAACAUCUUCGUGCUGCCAGUGGUGCAUUCGGGCUGAUGGGGGUUGUCACGCACAUCACAUUCGAGAUGCCCCCAAUGACCUACGCCCAGUUGAACCCCAAGACAGUGCCUGUGACUUAUGCCAUCCCUCCUCCUCCCGACUUGGACGAGAAGCUCAUCCCACCAGUGCUUUUGUUGCCUUGGAAGGCGUUGAGCACAAAGGAGAAACGAGAGCGCCAACUUGAGUUUGAACGCCAGGCUACGAAUGAUUACUAUUCCGAAUGGUUCUGGUUUCCAUAUUCUCAAAAAGUAUGGGUCAACUGCUGGAAUGUCACCACCGACAGCAGCGAUGUCGUAGAGUUCCCAGACAACGGGCAGAUAUUUUUCUCCUUCGUACAAUCUGUUAUGAUGAACAUUCUACAGAAUGCGGACUUCCUGAAGAAGUUGAUUGAUCUGACUGGCAUUCGGGAGUCUGUCGUAACACUCAUUUCUCUGGCGGGAACCAACGCUCUUCCGACCAAAAGGGUCACUACCUACGUCCCAGACGCCUUGCACUUCCAAAGAGCUAUACAGAAUGUCCGCGUCAGAGACAUGGAGGUUGAGAUCCCUCUCGUUUCAAAGAAGCACACUGGAUCGACCAGAGAGGGUCGCGUUGACAUUGACUAUGCUACGGUCCAGCGUGCUUGGUGGGACGCAAUCCUCCUGGCAUAUGCCAAUAUCAAGGAUUGCCCUAUGAGCAUGCCUCUGGAGAUGAGAAUCAUGGGAGGCAGUGAUAUCAUCAUGGCUCCUCAGCGACACAAUCAGCUGGGAACAUGUGCCAUCGAAAUACUUACUUUGCAAGCGACACCCGUUGACAAGUGGGUUGGCUUCGCGCAACAAGUGCUCGACAAGUGGAUGAGCUUGAAAGACCCACGAACUCAAAAGCCGCUGCGUGUUCGUCCUCACUGGGCCAAAGAAUGGGAAAAAUUCCAAGUCAAUGGCAAACCCUGGUUGGAGAAGCUAAUGAAAGAAGACUACAAGGCAGAGAUUGAAGAGUUCCGUAAAAUUCUUGCCGAGAUUGGGAGCGAGGCUGGUUGGGGUCUGAAAGAUCUGCAAGGUCGAUUUUCGAACGAACUCUUCGACACUCUCAUUUUCGACAAGGUCCAAGCAAAGAGAUCCAAUCGCCUUGCCAAGAUCUUGGGGGGCUUACAUCUCAACCGAUACAUUUCGUUGCUCCAGAGGUUGCUAGGAAUAUCAUCUAAGUAG